ACAGCCACUACGGUCCCAGCUUCCUUCCUUCCCCUCUUCUUGUUCUUUUCCGUCACAAUCUCUCUCCCUCUCUCUCUCUCUCUUCCAAGAACACUUUUGCAAAAUCCAACCGCCUGAUCUUGGAUCCGACCGUAUUUUCACCGUGAAAUCGGCGCCGAUCUACAAGGAGAAAUGUAUGAUAAUUCAAGAGCUCAGCCUGGGGUGCCAAGGCAACCUCCAAACCCACAGCCAAAUCCAUUUGGUAAUGCAUUUGUUGGAUCUGGGUCAGGACUUAUAAGAGGUGGAUUGGGUGCUUAUGGAGAGAAAAUUUUAGGAUCAAGUUCAGAGUAUGUGCAAAGCAAUAUAAGCAGGUACUUCUCUGAUCCCCAAUACUAUUUCCAAGUUAAUGAUCAUUAUGUGAGGAACAAAUUGAAGGUUGUUCUCUUCCCUUUUCUACACAGGGGCCAUUGGACAAGGAUCACAGAACCAGUAGGGGGCAGGCUUUCCUACAAGCCCCCAAUCUAUGAUAUAAAUGCUCCAGAUUUGUAUAUUCCACUGAUGGCAUUUGGUACCUAUGUUGUUCUUGCUGGCUUUGGAUUGGGUCUCCAUGGAAAGUUUAGCCCGGAAGCUCUCAAUUGGCUGUUCAUCAAGGGGCUGAUGGGAUGGUUUUUGCAAGUUUCUCUGCUUAAAAUGUCAUUGUUUUCGUUGGGUAGUGGAGAGGCACCCUUGCUGGACAUUGUGGCAUAUGCCGGCUAUACUUUCACCGGGAUUUGUAUGGCUGUCCUAGGAAGAAUUAUGUGGGGCUACUCGUAUUACUUUUUAAUACCAUGGACGUGUUUGUGCAUGGGAAUCUUCCUAGUGAAGACAAUGAAGAGAGUGCUUUUCGCAGAAGUGAGGAGCUACGACUCGAGCAGGCAUAACUACCUCUUGCUCUUUAUUGCUUUUGCCCAAUUCCCGCUUACCAUUUGGCUCGGCAACAUUAGUCUCAAUUGGCUGUUCUAAAAUGCCUCUUUUCUGUGAUGCUGUUGGCUACAAUUUUGCUUCUGUAGAUGUAUAAUGAGCGUUUACAUGUUAAUUUUGAGUGCAUUUGCUUAGUCCAUUUUAAUUCUGAUUAAAUUUGUACACCUAAAUGCUUAAAUACAGCUCGGAUUUCAGUGUUACCUUUAGCCCCCAAUAGAGUUGUGGAUAUGGAUCAAAAUAGCAGAUGUUUUAUGUCA